GUCUAUUUCCCCAUCAGUCCCUCCAGACUGCUUCUAUGGCCACUUAUUCUCGUUUCUCGGUACUUGACACAGAGACGGAGGAGGAGAUUCCCACUUUCUCCGACCACUUAGGAGCUUCAACCAGCUCCCCUUUUGAUGACGACGACCUUCUAGUCGAUGAGAUAGAGCCUCCUCCUAGACUCCUGUACAUUGAGGCUCCUCUCUCCCCCUCAGCUCCCAGUCAGAUCCUAGAGCCCUCCUCCCACCCUUCCUCUCUGUCUGACCCACCAGCUCGACCCCUUCUGACCCUACCCCCACUUCCCACACAUCCACCACUACCGAGUCUGGUCCGUCCUCCCCACAGGGCCAGGCGCAGAGGCACCUUCAGCUCAUUCUCCUACCUUCGGAGUUUCCCCCUAUGUGAGAGGGCCCUGUCCAGGAGGUCUCAGAGCUCUGGAGACCACAGACCAGAUCGAGGACUGCGCAGCUCGUCGCUA